AUGCCGGCGCGAAAACAGAUGGCCGAUCGGGCCUGUGUCUUUUGCUUGCUUAUUUUAUUAGGAAUACCAAACAAGUCAUUUGAAAACUUGACUUCAGGGUAUUCUAAGUUACAUUAUGGCUUUAGACUAGAUAGGCGCAUGAUAGACUCCUAUGUCGAGUACAGUAUUCUAGACUGCGUCGGAGAAUGUCUCCGGACUUCUCGAUGUUACUCACUAAAUUAUUACAAAGGGGCAAAUUACUGUGAACUUAACUAUGAAAACAAGACCACUGUACCAGGGAAAUUUGUUGAGAAUGUAGGGUGGAUCUACAGCGAAAGAGAAGACUGGGAUAAGGAACUAGCAGGACCGUGCUCCAGUAAAGUUUGUAAAAUCAAUGAAAAAUGUAUCAAUGUCGGAUGUAACACUUCCUGUCAAAUAUCAGACUGUGGGAUCCCUUUCACUACAAGGAUGACGUCAGACAGCGUGCAGCGGUGGGACGGUAUCGGUGUGGAAAGACGAAUUCAUGUCAAAUGUUCUGAGGAGUACCAGCAAAGCGGAAGUGGAAUCUUUAUCUGUAACAGGAAUGGCAAAUGGAACAGUGACAUGAGUUGUAAUGGGAAAGGACUGGGAUGUUUUGAAGACAACUCUGCCAGGAUCUUUGAACCUCGUGGUUUUGAGAGAUUUAGUAAAACAAAUAGUCUCACUUUUUGCACUAGACACUGCCUUGAAAUUGAUAAAGAAUUCAAAUAUAUCGGACUUCAGGUAAACUUUCUAUUUUUUAAAGAGGAAGCAACUGCUAAAGACUGA